AGAUCAUCACGAGAAGAAAGCCUUGUUAACUACAAGUGAUUAUACACAUAUACACACACAGAAUGCCAAUUGAAGAGACUCCAUCAAAAGUUGCCGCUAAGCACCUUGCCACCCUUGAUCUCGACUCCAAGAAGGACUUGAGAUCUGAGCUUGAGGCUGCUGCUGCCAAAAAGGAAGGUAUUGUCGAGUCAGCAAAGAUGGAUAACAGCUCUGAGUCUGCUGAAUCUGUGCACAAGGCCUUCUUGGCCCAACACAAGGUGCAUCGUCACAACUUGAAGGAGAUGGAGAAGGGCGAGCCUUUGUUAGUUGAAAACAAGCGUCGUUUCGUCCUCUUCCCUAUUAAGUACCAUGAGAUUUGGCAAGCGUAUAAGAAGGCUGAGGCUUCCUUCUGGACUGCCGAGGAGAUUGAUUUAUCAAAGGAUUUGCACGACUGGAACAACAGAUUGAACGAGAACGAGCGUUUCUUCAUCUCAAGAGUGCUGGCCUUUUUUGCCGCUUCUGACGGUAUCGUCAACGAGAACUUGGUUGAAAACUUCUCUGCAGAGGUUCAAAUCCCAGAGGCUAAGUGCUUCUAUGGGUUCCAGAUCAUGAUGGAGAACAUCCACUCUGAGACUUACUCCUUGUUGAUCGACACCUACAUCAAGGACCCAAAGGAGGCUGAGUUCUUGUUCAACGCCAUUGAAACCAUCCCAUGUAUCAAGAAGAAGGCUGAUUGGGCUUUGAGAUGGAUUGCCGAUGAUGACGCCCUAUUUGCAGAGAGACUCGUUGCUUUUGCUGCUGUUGAAGGUAUCUUCUUCUCCGGUUCAUUCGCCUCCAUCUUUUGGUUGAAGAAGAGAGGUUUGAUGCCAGGUUUGACCUUCUCUAACGAGUUGAUUUGCCGUGACGAAGGUUUACACACCGAUUUCGCUUGUUUGUUGUUUGCCCACUUGAAGAACAAGCCAGCACCAGAGAUUGUUGAGAGAAUCAUCACCGAAGCUGUCGAGAUUGAAUCAGAGUACUUUACAGAUGCUCUUCCAGCGUCUCUCUUGGGUAUGAACUGUAAGUUGAUGUGUCAAUACGUUAGAUUCUGUGCUGAUAGAUUGCUCGUUGCACUUGGUAACAAGAAGUUCUACAACGAUACAAACCCAUUCGACUUUAUGGAGAACAUCUCCCUUGCUGGUAAGACAAACUUCUUCGAGAAGAGAGUCUCUGAUUACCAAAAGGCUGGUGUCAUGGCUUCAACUACCAAGACCGAGACUGACGGUGAUGCCUUUGCAUUUGAUGAGGACUUCUAAGUUCCGCAGAGGAGAGCACACAAACAACAAGAACCCUGGUGGC